AUGAACUUGACCAGUGAAAAACAGGAGGCAGGAGGGAAUGGGCGGAUACAUUCAAUCUUCUUUGUUUCUCCUGUGGACAAUGCCAAGACAAGUGCCUCCUUGCCAGUCUUCCAGGGUUCUAUAAACAUCAUUGCCCAGUGCCCAGGCUUUCUAGGGGAGAGGCACCAACCAAAGCGAAGGCACAGAGCAAAGAAGACAGUGGAAUCCAAGGAAACAGUUGUGAUGGGGGAUGCUAUGGUGAAAAUCAAUGGGAUUUAUUUAACAGAAUCAAAUGCCAUUGGCCACUUAAAGAGUCACCCACUUCAGCUAACUUAUGAUGGAGGCUUCAGUGAAAUCAAGAAGCAAGAAAUGUUCAAAGGGACAACAUCCUUGCCAUCUCAUCUCAGAAGUGGAGGGGACCAGGGGAAGAGGUGUUCAAGAGCCUCAUCAUGUUUCAACAGCUCAGACCUGAGCAGACCUGAAACCAGAGCAGUCUCAAAAGCCGACGUGCAAGAAAAGGAGACAGAAAUAGAAGUAGAUGAAGUCUUUUGGAAUACAAGGAUCGUACCAAUUUUGCAAGAAUUAGAAAAGGAAGAAAAAAUUGAAACGAUUUGUGCUGCUUGCGCACAACUUCAUCACGCUUUAGAGGAAGGAAACAUGCUUGGAAAUAAAUUUAAGAGAAGAAGUGUUCUCCUGAAGACCCUAUAUAAACUAGUUGAUAUUGGUUCAGACUUGCUCAGCCUUAAACUUGCAAAAAUUAUUCUAGCAGAUUUAGAAGAAUCAUUAUUGGAGGUCCUGAGAAGUGAAGAUCUGCAAACUAACGCUGAAGCUUUUUUAUACUGUAUGGGGGCUAUCAAAUUCAUUUCUGGAAAUCCACGAUUUCUCAGUGAAAUGAUCAGCAAAGAUGCUGUGGAGAUACUGAUGAAUUUGAUAAAGCAAAUAAAUGAGAACACCAACAAAUGUGGUACCUGUUUGCCUAACUCAGGCCACUUACUAGUCCAAGUGACUGCUACACUGAGAAACUUGGUUGAUUCACCACUAGCAAGAAGUAAGUUGCUGAGCAUCAGUGCCCUUCCCCAGCUCUGCACGGCGAUGGGACAGUACGAGGCUGACAAGGAUGUGUGCACCAAUAUUGCCAGAAUAUUCAGAUUCAAAUUCUUCCCUCUUUCUCAAGAAUUGGAGAAUCAGCUAAGGUUUGUGGAUUUAGUCGUCCGUAUUGUCUUUAUUCUGGGCAACCUGACAGCGAAAAAUAACCAGGCUCGCGAACAGUUUUCCAAAGAGAAAGGGAGCAUCCCGACCCUGCUGUCAUUGUUCCAUACGUUCUACAAACUGGACCUAUGUGCGGAGAAAGGGGCGGUGGAAGCGGAGCAGCCCCAGGCGCCGAGGCCGCGGGCCCAGGCGGAGGACGUGCUCAUCAAGCUGACCCGCGUGCUCGCCAACUUAGCCAUCCACCCUGGCAUCGGCCCGGCGCUGGCCGCCAACCCGCACGCCGUGGGCCUGCUGCUCGCCACGCUGGAACACAAGUCAAUUGAGGAUUGUGAGGAGCUGGUGAUCAAUACUACGGCCACAAUCAACAACUUAUCUUACUACCAAGUGAAGAAUUCCAUAAUUCAAGACAAAAAGCUAUAUAUUGCUGAAUUGCUCAUAAAGCUUCUUGUGAGUAAUAACAUGGAUGGAAUCCUAGAGGCUGUGCGUGUUUUUGGAAACCUCUCCCAGGACCAGGACAUCUGCGAUUUCAUUGUGCAGAAAAAUGUACAUAAGUUCAUGAUUGCACUGCUGGAUGCUAAGCAUCAGGAUAUUUGCUUUUCUGCCUGUGGUGUUCUCCUAAAUCUCACUGUGGAUAAAGACAAGCGUGUCAUCCUGAAAGAAGGAGGCGGCAUUAAAAAGUUGGUGGAUUGUUUAAGACAUUUUGGUCCUACCGAUUGGCAGCUGGCCUGCUUGGUUUGCAAAACUUUAUGGAACUUCAGUGAAAAUAUCACCAAUGCUUCAUCGUGUUUUGGAGAUGAAGACACCAACACGCUCUUAGUCCUGCUGCCAUCAUUUUUAGAUGAAGAACUAGCACUGGAUGGCAGUUUUGACCGAGACCUAAAAAACUAUCACAAACUCCAAUGGGAAACAGAAUUCAAACCUGUGGCACAGCAGCUUCUAAACCGAAUUCAGAGUCAUCACACCUUCCUGGAACCCCUGCCUAUUCCUUCUUUCUAACACGAUGCCGCUUAACAACAGAAACAGGAAGUCAGGUCUCCUUCAUUCUUGAGCAGUGGUAACAAACACGAACAUUUGUUUUUCUGUAUUGGCAAAUAUUGAAAGUUUUUCAGAUACUGAUUUUAGGGAGUAGUCUAAGGAUUUUAAAAGAAAUAAGCAUUUUUUUCUCGUUAGGUAUUAUG